GACCUCAACGGGCCCCCUUUCUCGGGCGGGAGGAUGCUGGACGUGUCGGAGGCAGAGGAGAUGAACGCCGCGAUCAAGCAGCUGUACCUCAAGACGCCCGCGGGGUCGACGCCGUUCGUGCUGUUCAAGGCCAGGCUGAGGACCAGCAGGAGGGAGUGGCACAUCGAGAGGCGUUACAGUGACUUCGUGUGGCUACAUGAGGCCCUCGUUGAGGCGCGGCAGACAGAUCUUCCUGAGCUUCCCGCGCGACGGCUGUUCGGCGACCCACUGGACAAGAACUUUCUCAAGGGCCGUCAGAUGGCCCUGGACUUCUACCUGACGGGUUUGUUAGCCAAGUACCAGAAGUGGCUGGUUGAGUCCCCUGCCAAGAUGGAAAUCAGGCUGGACCAGACGGGCAACAUGAUGAAGGAGAUGGUGGCACGACAGACGUUGGUAGCCUUCCUGAAUCCCAACCAGGAAUCUCUUCAUCGGGAGGAUGAUAGCGUGAUGGGGGCGAUGUCCGGAUUCAUGCGAACCUUGCGACGUUGAUGGUACAUGCCUCAGAAUUUUUCUGGCUCUCUUUUGUCAAACCUUAAUGGCAAAUUGCGCAGCGUUGACUUUUUAUCGGUUGCAACGGAGGCGGCAGCAGCAGCAGUAGCAUUCACUCGCCGAGAAAAAACAACCUGUGGGGGAGAAAUAGGGAGGUCCUUACAAAGCGUUCUGAGGACUUUCAUUUACUCCUGUCUCGCAGCGGAAGGAAAAGACGCGAGAGAGAGCGAACAGUUGUGGUGCAUCGUACGGUACGGCGUGGGGGAGUUUUUCAUGGACGGAUAGCUGCGUUUAUUUCAGGUCUUGGUAGAAGAAGAAAGUUUUUUCUCGUUGAGUGACGACGAGAAUUGCGAGUGGGUGCCUGAGAUUUUGGGGAGGAUGCAGAGGUCAGCCGCAGAGACGUGGGAUCGAGGAGGAAGAAGCAGCAGCAGCAAGAACGAACUGGAGCAAUUUGACCAGUUGCUUCCAUUAAAACGAAAAGUCUUUCCUGUUUUUUUUUUUGUUUUGAUGUCUCUUUGUUGCCUACCAUACGUUAUUCUUGAGUCCUCAACGAUUGAACGCUAGCUAGUUUUGCGCGUCUCCUUUGUGUAAUUUUUUUCAGAGAGGGGUUUCUCUAUUUUAGCUCACCAUCGUGUUUUGUUGCACCCUCCUGUGUAACGUGCGUUCCUUUUUCUUCUGACGCGACACACACUCAGGCGGUGUUGCGAUGAUAGAAGGGGUAGCCUGAUAUCCAUGAGCGGGUAUUACGUUUCGUUUCUGCUUCCUGCCGUCCCCCGCUAUCCGCCCCACCCACUCUCGCGUUCCCAGCUACCCUAGUCGGAAGAAUGCUUGUUGAUUGUGACAACGGCAUGGUGGGUGACGCUGCUGCAAGUGUUCCAUGGCGUGCACGGAUAACCGCACCGUAUAAAACCCGUGUCCGUUGUUUCUAGAUCUGUAGGCCGACAGUUUUGCCGGGUCCACGCGACGAUAUAUUGGGAGAGAGUGGGGGGGAACCAAGGUCUCUGGUUUUCGUGUAAGCUUUUACUUGGUGAUUACGAUCUGCCUCUUCUUGGCCGAGCCGCUUGGUGGUGGGCGUUUCACCCUUCGUGUUUCCACUCGUGAAGAAGGCGUUUGCGUCGAAGAAAAAAUGAA